GUUAUGGAUUUGCAUCUGGCACGUCUUUUCUUAGUACGGACAAACCAGUCUCAAAACCUAAUGGUAAUUCAAAAAAUGACACGAAUUCAGAUAAUCUUUCACAAUCGCCACCAAAAUCAGCACCAAAUCCUUCAUUGGAACCUUAUGGAAUAUUUAGUACUAAACCACCAUCAAAAAGUCCUAAACGAAGUUGGACUUUUCCUGUUAGUAAUGAUGUAUGUCCACGUUGUUCAAAAGCUGUUUACGCGGCAGAGGCGGUUAUGGGAGCUGGAAUAAAAUAUCAUAAAUUGUGUCUACGCUGCGAGACUUGUAGUAAACUUUUAAAUUCUACUAACAUGACAGACCGUGAAGGAAAACUUUACUGCACUUCUUGUUAUUCUAGAGAAUUUGGACCAAAGGGUUAUGGAUAUGGAGGAGGGGCGGCAUUUUUGACAACAGAAGGGACAGCCAGAUGA